AUAUAGAGCGAGUGGGGGCGCAAGGCAGGUCUCUUGAGUCUCCGGCCGCGCGGUUUUAUAUCGUGCGAGCUGUGCACGGGCUUUAGCUAGGACUCGUGGGUAUUUGUCACCCUUCCCAUUCAAGGUAAGGCUGGGAUCCUCUCCCCGGCUUUUCUCCCGCGAGCGUUUCUUUGAGUUGUUCUUUUCGCGUUUCCAAGCUCCAGGUAUUGUGCGGGAACGGCCUUGGGACAAGUCUCCCUUUCUCUCAGGAGUGGGAAGGGUUCUCGAAUUUGUCUUCGUUUCAUUCCGUUUCUAUGUGUUUGGGUGAUGGCGGAGUUUGCCCUAGUUGGCGACUAGCUCUGGGCGAGGUGGGACGCAGAGUGGGUCUAGAGUGGUGGUCAGCCGCACGUGGUGGCCGCGCGGGUCCGGUACGCUGCCAUGUUGGCCCCUACACUUCCGGACGUGGCUACGGGGCGCACAAGGGUCCUUAAGGGUGUGGGUCUGCGCGUUUGAGGUGACUCAGCACAGCCUUGUGAAGCCAGCCUCACUCGCUGACUUGCUCGGUGUUUUUCAAGUCCAGCAGAUCCGUUUUUUGGAGGGUCCGUGGCGGGGGUGGGAUGGGACACGGACGCUUUCGGCGUUAUUCGGCCCGCCGUGUUUCAUCCCUGUUUCAUCCUUGUUCCCAGAUCUUUCUGGCAUUCCGGGGGGGAGGGGCUUUGAAGGAUUCAUGGGUUCUGUAUCACUCCCGCCCCUGACGAGAACUGGGAUUGUUCUGGAAGCUUCUGGAGCCAGGCGCCCCGCCCCGGUGCCCGGAUGCUGGCGCGGAGGCGGGCUGUGCGGCGGCGCCCCCUCGCGUGGCCGCAGCCGGCGCAUGUCCGGCAGUGACGAGGGUCGGUCCGGCGGGCUGCGGCCACCAUCUUAGUUGUUUGCUCUGGAUUUAGGUUUUAGUUUGCAGCUGUGGGGUCGUGUUGGAGCUCUUGUUUUCUCGUUCUUUGUCCUAUUUAAUUGCAUUUCAUGGACAGGUUCUCCAUCGAUCCUCAUGUUGCCUUCCCCUUCCGCGUGGGCCAGCAUUCUUGGUGCCUGGACGGUUCCGUAUUCUUCGGAAUUAGACUUUUUUAAUGGAGGACUAAUUUUAAUUAGUGCUGUUUCAGUUUUAAUUUAGUAUUCAGGUUGUUUUAGUCUUUACGUCGAAAACGAUGCCUGAGGAGGUGCACCAUGGAGACGAGGAGGUGGAGACCUUUGCUUUCCAGGCAGAGAUUGCCCAGCUCAUGUCUCUCAUCAUCAAUACUUUUUAUUCCAACAAGGAAAUUUUCCUUCGGGAGUUGAUUUCUAAUGCUUCUGAUGCCUUGGACAAGAUUCGUUAUGAGAGUCUGACUGACCCUUCUAAGUUAGACAGUGGUAAAGAGUUGAAAAUCGACAUCAUCCCCAACCCCCAAGAACGCACUCUGACGCUGGUGGACACAGGCAUUGGCAUGACCAAGGCUGAUCUCAUAAAUAAUUUGGGAACCAUUGCCAAGUCUGGGACCAAAGCAUUUAUGGAGGCUCUGCAGGCUGGUGCAGACAUCUCCAUGAUUGGGCAGUUUGGUGUUGGAUUUUAUUCUGCCUAUUUGGUGGCAGAGAAAGUGGUUGUGAUUACGAAACACAAUGAUGAUGAGCAGUAUGCUUGGGAGUCUUCUGCUGGGGGUUCUUUCACUGUUCGCGCUGACCACGGUGAGCCCAUUGGUCGGGGUACGAAAGUGAUUCUGCACCUUAAAGAAGACCAGACAGAGUACUUAGAAGAGAGGCGAGUCAAAGAAGUAGUGAAGAAACACUCCCAGUUCAUAGGCUACCCCAUCACCCUUUAUUUGGAGAAGGAAAGAGAGAAGGAAAUCAGUGACGACGAGGCAGAGGAAGAGAAAGGUGAGAAAGAAGAAGAAAAGGACGAUGAAGAGAAGCCAAAGAUUGAAGACGUGGGCUCAGAUGAGGAGGAUGAUAGCAGUAAGGACAAGAAAAAGAAAACCAAGAAGAUCAAGGAGAAGUACAUUGAUCGGGAAGAACUGAACAAGACCAAGCCCAUUUGGACCAGAAAUCCUGAUGACAUCACCCAGGAGGAAUACGGAGAAUUCUACAAGAGCCUUACUAAUGAUUGGGAAGACCACUUGGCAGUCAAGCAUUUCUCUGUAGAAGGUCAACUGGAAUUCAGGGCAUUGCUGUUUAUCCCCCGCCGGGCUCCCUUUGAUCUCUUUGAGAACAAGAAGAAAAAGAACAACAUUAAGCUUUAUGUGCGUCGUGUGUUCAUCAUGGACAGCUGUGAUGAGUUGAUACCAGAGUAUCUCAACUUCAUCCGUGGUGUGGUUGACUCUGAGGACCUGCCUCUCAACAUCUCCCGAGAAAUGCUCCAGCAGAGCAAAAUCUUGAAGGUCAUCCGCAAAAACAUUGUCAAGAAGUGCCUUGAGCUCUUCUCUGAGUUGGCAGAAGACAAGGAGAACUAUAAGAAAUUCUAUGAGGCAUUUUCUAAAAACCUGAAGCUUGGAAUCCAUGAGGACUCUACUAACCGGCGACGCCUUUCUGAGCUGCUGCGCUAUCACACCUCCCAAUCUGGAGAUGAGAUGACUUCUCUCUCAGAAUAUGUUUCUCGCAUGAAGGAGACCCAGAAGUCCAUCUAUUACAUCACUGGUGAGAGCAAAGAGCAGGUGGCCAACUCUGCUUUUGUGGAGCGAGUAAGGAAGCGGGGCUUUGAAGUUGUGUAUAUGACUGAGCCUAUUGACGAGUACUGUGUGCAGCAGCUCAAGGAGUUUGAUGGGAAGAGCUUGGUCUCAGUUACCAAGGAGGGCCUAGAGCUACCAGAGGAUGAAGAGGAGAAGAAGAAAAUGGAGGAGAGCAAGGCCAAGUUUGAGAAUCUCUGCAAGCUCAUGAAAGAGAUUUUGGAUAAGAAGGUUGAGAAGGUGACCAUCUCCAAUAGACUUGUGUCUUCACCCUGCUGCAUUGUGACUAGCACAUACGGCUGGACGGCUAACAUGGAGCGGAUCAUGAAAGCCCAGGCACUUCGGGACAACUCUACAAUGGGCUACAUGAUGGCCAAAAAGCACCUGGAGAUCAACCCUGACCACCCCAUCGUGGAGACGCUGCGGCAGAAGGCUGAGGCAGACAAGAACGACAAGGCUGUCAAGGACCUGGUGGUGCUGCUGUUUGAAACUGCUCUGCUCUCUUCCGGCUUCUCUCUUGAGGAUCCCCAGACCCACUCCAACCGCAUCUACCGCAUGAUCAAGCUGGGCUUAGGCAUUGAUGAAGAUGAAGUGACAGCUGAGGAACCCAGUGCUGCUGUUCCUGACGAGAUCCCCCCUCUUGAGGGCGAUGAGGAUGCAUCGCGUAUGGAAGAAGUAGAUUAGUAUUCUACCUGUACACAGUGUUCUCUGUAUAGUGUCCCUGUGGCUCCCACAGCAGCCUUGAGUGGCCCUGUCCCACCUGACUGCAUCUGUUGAUAUCUAGUGGUGUUUUCCCCUUCUGUCCUUAGAGUUUAAGGCAAGGAUGUAAGGGCCUGAGGCCCCAUCCCCCUUCCCUUAUUUGAGAAUGGGGUUGGAUGUUGUGUAUUGUGAGGGGUUUUUUUUGUUUUAUUUUGUUCGGAAAUUAAAGUAUGUGAAAUAAA